GCGAGCCAUGUAGCUGCUGCCUAAUUUCUGGAACUUGGGUGCAAGACACAAACUUGCCACCAACUCAACAGGCUUUAUCCGCUUCACAUUGGCGCGUGUUUCUCGAUCAGGAGCGCGUAUGAGACAUUCACGCACUGACGUCGCCCAGUCUCACCCUUCCCAUCUGAAGGGUUGCUCCAUUUCCUAAAUGGUCUUUAAGAGCUUCCAUCUCGCGCGCCAGAGUCUUGCGAAAGGCUUCACUCACGGUUAUGCUCAAUCAGUAGUCGCUGGUGUCUCGCAGAACAACCCACUCGCCUCCCUCCAACACGACCGAUUUCGCAAGGGCAUCAAGAACCAACAUGUUUUUGCCUCUACCUCCACAUCGAGUGUCAUCAAGGCCCUCGCCGCAAGCGCACACGAACACUCAGACUCGGGUCUAGCCGCAUACUACACCGCAUGGCAGAAGCACCAACGAACCGAGGAUAAGGAGUGGUCGCAAUUCCAGUUCCGCAAGCUCAUCGAGUGGGAUCCGGCUGCCUCGAAAGCUGCGGCUGAAGCAAAGGAGAGCUAUGUUGCGAUCGAAGAUGCAGUAGAGCCAGUUCCCGCGCGUGCCGGUGUCAAUCGCGCCUACAGCACGAGCCAGGUAGAUGACUUCAAGAAGGCCGUGGGCGGUGAAGAGGCGGAAAAGAUUGCACUCGCGCAAGUAGACGAGGCGAUCGCGCAAGAGGUAGCAAAGUUCAAAGCCGACAGUGAAGCUGCCGAGGUAUUCGAGGAAGAGCUAUCGUCAAUUGAAGAAGCCCGGUCAGAGUCGCCUGCUACCGUCGCGGAUACCCUUGUAAACUCAACGACUUUGAGCCGCACCGAAUCAACCAUUGCCGCCAGCCCUAUCGAAGCACACGAUGAGUACACAGUACAGCUCCAGAAGCUUGUCGAGAACCGCAACUAUGCUGAGGUUCCCGCCAUCUUCGAGGCCAUGCUUCGUUCUAGCCUCCAGCCAUCGGUUGCCGCAUACAAUGCUCUUUUGUCUGCUGCCAUUCAUCUGCCGCGGGCCCAACAUCAAGUGGUCCCCAAGGCUUUGGAUGUCUACUCUGAUAUGCUCCGCCGACGUGUCACUCCUGACACGGCCACGUACUCUACCCUCAUCGAGCUUCUCUCCGUCCGGUCGCUAGAAGUGGUGUCCAUGAAGCAGAACUUCGAGGAAAAGCGACUGCGUUAUGGCGGGAUGGAAGAGGAGGGCAGCUUCAUGCUUCAAUCGAACGAGACUGAUGCCGCGAUCCUGGCAGAGGAUGGUUCGCUUUCAGUUGCCGUCAAGCUCUUUGAUGCUGCCGUCAAUGUCGAGUCCGGUCGAUCAUUCUCCGAGAAGACCUACCGAUUGCUCGUCACCGCAUGCGCCGAAGGUGAACGCGUGGAGGAUAUGGUGCGAAUCUACUCACAUAUGGAGUCGCGGAGUGUGGUCCCCGCUGCAGAUAUGUUUGUUCCAAUGAUCCACGCUUUUGGCAAGUCUGGCGAUCUCCGGAGCGCGGUCGAGUGCUACGAUGAAUACAAGGCACUCGCCAUCUCAAAUGACAAUGGCGAAGUCGAGGUUGUCCGGAAAGACAACGAUGUAUAUGCUGCCCUCGUUAAAGCGUAUACCGUCUGCGACCGCAUCGAAGGUGGACGAAAGUUCCUUUCCAAGAUCGAGAGCUCUCUCCUCACCCCGCAAGACGUCACCUCUGUCCGCGACAUUGUCAGUCUGAAAGCUUUCCUGCCCGAAUGGUUGAAAAACGGUUCUUUCCGGGAAGCCUAUCUGCACGCAUCUGAGCACCUUACCCCACAAGCUCGUCACAUUGCCAUGGCUGCCAUCUGUAUCAAGGCUGCGGACCGCGAUGCCAUCGAUGUUGCUACCGAGGCCUUCGAUGACAUCCCCGCAGAGGUCGAUCUGUCACGGCCAGCUAUGGCGAUGGGAGCUAUGCACAUCCGCAAUGGAAACAUUGAGGCUGCCGAGGUCUUCUGGAGGAUGCUCGAGCUCUCGCCUACCAAGCCCGAGUUCAUUGAGCCCACUACCAUGCACAGCAUUGCAUUGAUUGGUAGUGGACAUGCAGAGCGCGGCCUUCGUCAAGGCCGCCAGAUGUUUGCUCGCAUUCGCGACUCUCAAUCUAGCUCUAAUCAAACAAAGAUGGAAACUGUUGAGCACAUCGACGAGGCCAUCGAGGUUAUGGGACAGUUCAUGAUGAGGCGUGGCAUCUUCCUUCCGCCGCGGGCUAGCAUGGAACUGAUGUGGUCGAUGAUUGAGAACGGUGGCCUAGUCACCCCAGUUGCUCUCCACCUGCUUGCUGGUAUGGGACCUGAGGCCAUCGCUCAACUCAGCUUCGAAGACAUCACGCUCCUAAUGCAAGUCCAAUCUGGAAUCAUUCUCCAGGAGGCGGAAGCUGACGUUGCUCACUCUGCUCGGUUUGCCCACCUACUCGAAGUCAUUACCUCCACUGGCACGCCAGUCAACAAGACUACAUCCGGCCUUGUUGAGAAGGUCCUCGCCAAGCUUGACCGUGGCGAUCUCCAGCACCGAUGGUACAGCUACAAGCACCCUGCUCCAGAGGCGAUGUACUCUCCAGCACCCUUCGCAACUUACCCCGUUCAAGCACCGGUAGCGCCUGCAGCUCCUACUUUCGAGGAUCAGUACGACCCGUAUGCCGCUUCCACCGACAACAAGGGCUCUGUUGCGAUCACUGAGCUGCUCGAGAAGAUGCAUGGACGAUCGUCAUCUCACCUCAACGAGGCAUUGAUGAAGUUCAAGAACAUGCGCAGAGCUGGCCGUCACCCUCGAUUCUUCACCUAUGCUAAGCUCAUCACCGCUGCUGCAAAGGAAGACCGCUUGAACCUGGCCCAUGACAUUCUCAACCUUGCUAAACAGGAUGUUCCUCUUGUGCCCCAGUACCGCAUCGUAAGAUACGGCUGGGUCACCAUUCUAGACGCCAUGGUUGCUGCUUGCCUUACUUGCAAUCAGCGCGACCUUGCUGCUCGUUAUCAUCAGGACCUUCUCGACAUGGGUGCUGCUCCCACAGCGAACACCUUUGGCCUCUACAUCACAACCCUCAAGGAAUCCACCAAGACUUUCGAUGAAGCUACCGAGGCUGUCAAGAUCUUCCUCCGUGCCAAGUCUGAAGGUGUUGAGCCAUCCUCUUUCCUGUACAACGCUCUGAUCGGCAAGCUCGGAAAGGCGCGACGCAUCGACGACUGCCUCUUUUACUUCUCAGAGAUGCGCAGCCUCGGUAUCCGCCCUACCUCCGUUACCUAUGGCACCAUUGUCAAUGCCCUGUGCCGUGUCAGCGACGAGAAGUUUGCCGAAGAGCUUUUCGAGGAGAUGGAGAGCAUGCCAAACUACAAGCCCCGUCCUGCGCCUUACCACAGCAUGAUGCAGUUCUUCCUCACCACCAAACGCGACCGUAGCAAGGUGCUCAACUACUACGAACGCAUGCGUGCCAAGCGCAUCGAACCUACCACGCACACGUACAAGCUUCUCAUCGACACUUACGCCACGCUUGAGCCUGUUGACAUGGAGGCUGCCGAAAAGGUGCUUGAGCAGGUUCGCAGCGCCGGCGCUGUCCCAGAGGCUGUACACUACUCGUCUUUGAUCCACGCCAAGGGUUGCGUCCUGCACGACAUGGAAGGUGCCCGUCAGCUCUUCGACACUGUUCUUGCCGAUACCCGUAUCCGUCCUCAAGCCUGUCUCUACCAAGCACUGUUCGAGGCCAUGGUCGCCAACCACCAGAUUGCUGAUACUGAGGCUGUGCUCCAGAACAUGCGCGCUCGCCGUGUAGAGAUGACGCCCUAUAUCGCGAACUCGCUCAUUCAUGGCUGGGCCCUUGCACAUAACAUCGAAAAGGCGAGAGCCAUCUACGAGUCGGUGCCUGAGAGCAGGCGCGAACCCAGCACUUACGAGGCCAUGACUCGCGCCUAUAUGGCUGUCGAGAACCGUGCUGCCGCCAUGACCGUCGUCAACGAGGGAUUGUCUCGCGGUUACCCUGCUGCCGUUGCUGGCAAGAUCCUCGAGCUUGUCGGCGGUGGGCGUGCGCCUGUUGUUGAGAUCGCUGCUUAAGCGUACUACAUGCGGCAACUUUUUCAGUUCACUUGACAUUUCCUCUUGGUUCAAAUGGGUACAAGAUUAAUUUUUCAGUAAUCUCGCGACGGCCGAAACAAAAAGAAUUUCCUAAAACGCCCCUGCA